GUCUAGCCGAGUCCUGGGCAUCUGUUAGCGACAUGGAUCUAGAGGUUGGAAGUCUAGAGACCAGUGAGAUGGUCCUAGUUCAAGAGGACCACAGCGAGAACCACUCCUCCACCUCUGACAUCAUCCACCUAGAGGCGGAGCUCCAUCAGAGGGCGGAGUCAGACGAGGAGGAGCUUCAGAGCAGCGUGCUGAUCAUGAUUGGCAGCCAGCUGGAAGAGAUUGGAGCACUUCCUGCAGAAUCAGAUCUCAAGCCUCCACAGACUGUGGAGCUCCUGAUGUGUGUGGAGGAGCCAGUUGUGGAGGAAGUUGAUGCAGAGGUGGCUUCUGAGCCAGUUUUCACUCACACUCCCCUUCUGUCUGAGCCUUUAGAUUUUACACUGGCUUCUGUUCCCAUACCUGAAAUCAUCUCUCAGGUUUUAGAUCAUCUCCCACCCUCCACAGUCACACUCUCAGAGGAACCUCAUGCCUCUGAAUCAGCGUCUAUUAAUGCACCUAGUGUGUCAGCGUCAUCUUCAGAAGAGGUUGUUCCAAAGGCAGACCCGCUUUCAGCCACACCCUUUGGACUCCCUGUGCUGCUGGUUGGUGGUGCCGCCCUGGUUGCAGUAGUGGGAAUACUUACAUAUACCCUGAUUAGAAAGUAGCAGGACUGUGUAUCUCUUUAAUAGUUUUAAAAUUGUACAACAAUUCAGCAGAUUGUAUUAUUGAUAUAAAA